AUGUUAGUAAUUAACGGUUAUGAAUGGAAAUCAGCAUUAAAUGGUUCAGUCGCGAGCGAGAAUUCAUUAAGAUAUAAUAUAAGGAAUGGUCGGGAAUGUUUAGACCUUACAGAUUAUAAUAUUGACGGUUAUUUGAAAUUAACAAAUUUUGCAAAUUUAGAAGAGUUGGAUUGUUCCAGUAAGCGGAAAUAUCAUCCACGAACAAAUGAUCAUUGUCGCAACCAUAUUAUUGGUCUCGAUUUAAGCGGAUGUUUUGGGUUAAUAGAGCUUAACUGUUCGGAAAAUGCAGAAUUGACUGAGCUAAAUAUCAGGAAUUGUUCUAAUUUACAAAAAAUUAAUAUUCUCGGUUGUCCAAAACUAAGCAAAGUAAUCUGUGACAAUACUCCUUAUUCUCCCACGAAAAUAAUUGAAAAAAGCAAAUUGUUUCCUUGUUUUAAUGGCGGAUGUAAAAACGCGGCAUCUUAUAACGGGCAUUGUGAUAUGCAUCAGAGUUGUAAAGAAGAAGGAUGUAAUUCAUAUAUCCAUAUUUCGAAAGAAUACUGCUCUUCUCAUCAAUCAAUUUGUAUCAUACUUGAUUGUUCCUCUCGAGCUCCUUUAUACGGUGAGUGUGCUUACCAUCAAAAUAAGCACCGUUGUUUAGAAAGAGGAUGUAGAUCAUUGAUUCAUAUGUCGAAAGAAUUCUGUUCUUCUCAUCAAUCAAAUUGUAGCAUACUUUAUUGUUCCUUUCGAACUUCUUCUCCAGACAGUGAAUGUGAUUACCAUAAACAGAAGCAUUGUUGUAAAGAAGAAGGAUGUAAUGAAUAUAUCCAUAUUUCAAAAGAACACUGCUCUUCUCAUCAAUCAAGUUGUAGAAUAAGUUGA